UAAACUUGCAAACGCGUCAUACCGUAGCCCCGCCCACUAGCUUGGGUACGUGUACGUGGGGUGUUGGAAGAGUUUGAGGGCGAAGCAAAAGGACAAUUUUGAGAAAAGCUGAAAACAUGAGUGGCUCUGCUUGUUUCAAAAAGUGUGGUUCUGUGCUGAUAACGGGAGCUAACCGAGGACUGGGAUUACAGCUGGUGGACAGUCUGGUCAACGGGGGAUUUUCGCCGGGGAAGAUUAUAGCCACCACCCGUGACCCCUCCGCCGCGCUGAAACUUCAUGAAUUGGCGAAGAAGCAUCCCAACAUCCACAUAAUCGCUCUGGAUGUACAGAGUCAUGAAAGUAUCCAGAAGGGUGUGGAAGAGGUGCAUCAGCUGGUACAGGAGGAAGGUCUGAACUGCCUUAUCAACAAUGCAGGAAUCAAUGUGAUAGCUAACUUCCACACUGUAACUGCUGAAAAGAUGAUUGAAAACUUCCACACUAAUGCUGUAGCACCUCUAAUGAUUACCAAGGCCUUCCUUCCUCUGCUGAAGCGAGCUGCAUCCAGAGGAGCAUGCGAUCCAGCGACCAUGAGCAUCCAGAGGGCAGCUGUCAUUAACAUGUCUUCUGCACUUGGCUCUAUUGAGCUCACAAAUAAGGAGCUUGCAGGACACUUCAACUGGUACCCCUAUAGAGUAUCUAAGGUUGCCCUCAACAUGGUGAGCCGCUCUCUGGCAAUAGACCUGGAAGAUGAUGGUAUUCUUUGUAUGGCUAUACACCCAGGCUGGGUCCGCACCGACAUGGGCGGUUCUCAGGCUCCCCUGAGUCCUGAAGAGAGCGUUUCUUCUCUUUUGUCAGUUAUUGGUGGACUGACUGAGAAGGAUCAUGGGUCAUUUUUGAACUACACAGGAGAGCCAUUGCCUUGGUGAUUCGGAUUAUAUUCAAAAUGGUUGCUAUAUUCUUUCUUUCUUUCUUUCUUUCUUUCUUUUAGUUUAUUUCGAACAUGAACAUACUUACAGUAUAAUACAUUGACAAAUAGUUAACAACGUUAACUAUUUGGUGGUAUUUAGUGCUAUUUAACUUUAAAAAAGAACCUAUCUGUCGCAUUUCCCUGUUGAAUAUUUUGUUUUGCAACUUGUCCAGGGUGUACCCUGCCUCCUGCCCGAGUGCAGCUGGAAUAGGCUACAGUGUGACAUCCAGACAGAUGAAAGUCUGUAUGAUCACCUUAAACAUAGGAAGGGAGAUGAGACUCAGUGUCCAAAAGCAAUCAUGACAUAAGUAAUAAAUCCUACAAGACAUAAAAACAGAGACAUGUGACCCUGAUGAUACAAAUUAAAAAAGUGAAAAUGCCCAUGCAGUUAUAACCAAAUAGAGAGAGAAGACCGCCUGUUUUUAUACAAACUAUAAGUCUGAAGUCAAAUGUGAUAUGGAUUAGGUACAAAUAAAUAGUGAUUAUUGUUAUAGAGUUGAUUGUGAUGUACCUCACACAUUAAAGGCCUACUGAAACCCACUACUACCGACCACGCAGUCUGAUAGUUUAUAUAUCAAUGAUGAAAUCUUAACAUUAUAACACAUGCCAAUACGGCCGGGUUAACUUAUAAAGUGACAUUUUAAAUUUGCCGCUAAACUUCCGGUUCGAAACGCCUCUGAGGAUGACGUAUGCGCGUGACGUAGCCCGGCGAACACGGGUAUGCCUUCCACAUUGAAGCCAAUACGAAAAAGCUCUGUUUUCAUUUCAUAAUUCCAGAGUAUUCUGGACAUCUGUGUUCGUGAAUCUGUUGCAAUCAUGUUCAUUGCAUUAUGGAGAAGGAAGCUGAGCAAGCAAAGAAGAAAGUUGUCGGUGCGAAAUGGACGUAUUUUUCGAACGUAGUCAGCAACAACAGUACACAGCCGGCGCUUCUUUGUUUACAUUCCCGAAAGAUGCAGUCAAGAUGGAAGAACUCGGAUAACAGAGA